AUGCCACCCGAAGGAAGCACGAGGGCUGGGAUACUGCCAGGUUGCCCAAGCCUAGACAGGGCAAGUCGAGAGGCGGAGGUCGGAUUCGAAUCGCGGACCUUCCGGUGGCUGUUGAUGCGUUCGCCGAGCUUGGCUGUUGGCCUGCAAACGUUUCGGACCAUACGAGGAGACAUCGUCUGUGCGCAUCAUCGUCAACUGCGCACUGAUGAUGCCUCCUCGUAUGAUGAGGAAACAUCUGCAAGCCCAUUGCCAAUCUCGGCGAACAGAUCAACAGCCACCUGA